ACGGUCUCCCGGGUGGUCAUGUGACCCAGCGGCGGGCGGGCCAUUUCUCAGCUUCUCCUUCGCUCUUGGCACCAAUGUCGGAGGUUUUUGUGCCUGGAAGAAAUGGACUCUGGAAAUGCAGGAAUCUGAUCGUUCAGAGAUCCGACCAGUUGAGUCUGUGAAUGGCGCCGAAACAGGACCCUAAACCUAAAUUUCAAGAAGGUGAAAGAGUCCUGUGCUUUCAUGGGCCAUUGCUCUAUGAGGCAAAGUGUGUAAAGAUCAACAUAAAGGAGAAACUGAUUAAAUACUUCAUUCAUUACAGCGGAUGGAACAAAAACUGGGAUGAAUGGGUUCCUGAAAGCAGAGUUCUCAAAUAUGUGGACAGCAACCUUGCGAAACAAAAAGAGCUUCAAAAGGCCAAUCAGGACCAUUAUGUCGAGGGAAAGAUGAGGGGUUUAGCACCAAGCAAGAAGAUUGCUGCUGUGCAGCAGAAAAAUGUUGAUCUGAAAGUGAAAAAGGCAAAGCAGAAGACCCCAGGGCCGGGUGAAGGCACCAGCAGCGGAGAAACGCCGCAGGGACCCCGGAAGAAGAGGGCUCGGGUUGAUCCCACUGUGGAGAGUGAGGAGAUGUUCACCAACCGCGUGGAGGUGAAGGUGAAGAUUCCUGAAGAGCUGAAACCCUGGCUGGUGGACGACUGGGACCUCAUCACCCGACAGAAACAGUUGUUUCAUCUGCCUGCUAAGAAGAAUAUAGAGACUGUUUUGGAGGAUUAUGCAAACUAUAAGAAAUCAAAAGGAAACUCGGACAACAAGGAGCACGCGGUGAACGAGGUUGUGUCGGGGAUUCGGGAGUACUUCAACGUCAUGCUGGGCACUCAGCUGCUUUACAAGUUCGAGAGGCCGCAGUAUGCUGAGAUCCUGGCUGAACACCCAGACAUGCCCAUGUCGCAGGUGUACGGAGCGCCACACUUGCUGCGUCUCUUUGUUCGCAUUGGAGCCAUGCUGGCCUACACUCCACUGGACGAGAAGAGUCUGGCUCUGCUGCUCAAUUACCUCCAAGAUUUCCUCAAGUACCUGGUAAAGAAUUCAUCCACCCUCCUGAGUGCCACUGAUUACGAGGUCGCGCCCCCAGAGUACCACCGCAAGGCCGUGUGAAGCCAUUCUCCCACCACAUGUAAAAUAAACAUUACUUUUUUCCCCUUCAACUGAUCCGCUUCUUCCACAAAGGUCUCAGGAGCUUGUCACAGUUAAGUAAAAAAUAUAAAGUAUUUUUUUGUUGAAUCUUUCUCCUAUUUUCUCUCUCUUAUUUUAAAAAGUCACAUACAUUUUUAUUUUAUUUUUUAAAUGUCUGUGGACAAGUUACUGUUUCCACAAGCAGCUCUUAGGUGUUUUGUGCAUUCCACCCGAUAGAUAUUUGUUACUGUUGCAUGUCUGUAUUUAUUAGUGUUCGUUCUGCCACACGAGGUGCAACUUAUUGCUGGAUCACAUGGUCAUCACUCAACAGUUGAUGUUUUUGUAUCUGUAUCUUGUUCAUUUGUAUCAAUUUGUAAAAAAAAAAUAAUAAUGUUUCUACACAAUUGA